AGAUGGCUACGGUUCACUAACAGAGAAUUCUAGCACUCUGCACCAAGUUACAGUUGCCAGGAUUACUUGUGGAAAGGCAUGACGUUUAAGCUGGUAAAAAAACGAGUACAUGGUUGUAUCCUGACUCAUUGUUAUUUCAUGUCAUUUCAUGUGGUUGAAAUGGACCCUGUAAUGGGAUGGCUGAGGGAAGACUUCAGAAACUCAGCUAAGAAUUUACCAGCCUCUCAGGCUUUGUACUUUGACUGGCUGGCAGCUUCCUCUUCUGAGGCCAGGGGACCAUGACUGAACAAGAACCAGAGGUGCAUUUGGAAGAAGAGGAUGACGAGCUUGACAGCAAACUGAACUAUAAGCCGCCACCUCAGAAGACGCUGCAGGAGCUGCAGGAGCUGGACAAGGAUGAUGAGAGCCUUACAAAGUACAAGAAGUCUCUUUUGGGGGAUGCGGCUGUAGUGGCAGACCCAACAGUCCCCAAUGUGACCGUCACUCGUCUUACACUGGUAUGUGACACUGCUCCAGGGCCAAUAACCAUGGAUCUCACUGGGGACCUUGAGGCACUCAAGAAACAGACCUUUGUGUUAAAGGAAGGUUCUGAAUACAGAGUCAAGAUCCAUUUCAAAGUAAAUAGGGAAAUAGUAUCAGGUUUGAAAUACGUGCAGCACACUUACCGGACCGGGGUGAAGGUGGACAAAGCUACAUUCAUGGUGGGCAGCUAUGGGCCACGGCCAGAGGAAUAUGAAUUCAUGACACCUCUCGAGGAGGCGCCCAAAGGCAUGGUAGCUCGAGGAACCUAUCGCAACAAGUCCUUCUUCACUGAUGACGACAAGCAUGACCAUCUCACCUGGGACUGGAACUUGUCCAUUAAGAAGGAGUGGACAGAAUGAGUUCCUCCUCCUUUUCUUCCCUUUGCUUCCUCCUGCCUUUGCGCUGUAUUAUUCCAGGUGUGCCUAUCCUUGGCACCUGCAUGCCACACUUAUUCCACCCAGCCCUUUUACUGUCGCAACAGAUUCUGUUAACACAGGCCUUUGGACAGACUCUGUCUCUCCUGCUGCUGCACUGAAAAUAACGCAAGGAAUUAAAACUAAGAUUGAACAUCCUCCUCGGGAUCUGUCCUUGAAGUGCCUUUAUAGGAAGACACGCCAACCCAACUACUGCUAUCAGGGCAAAUAGAUUGAAACCCCCCCCCCACUUCCACCCCCAUGUAAAGAUAUUUUACUGUUAGCCUUUCCCCCUCACAGUUUGCAUUUACUGGACACAUCUUUGCCCCUAGGUGGCUUAUAUUUUGAUUCAGCUACUUUAAGUGCAAUUCCCAAACCUGCAUUUGGAAAUCUUGCCUUGAAAGGUAACAGGAGACACAGUUCCUGGCCUGGCCUGUCACAAUUUCAGUGUCUUUGAAAAUAAAGCUGGUUUUGUUCUUUG